GGAACCCGAGCGCCUGGGCCCUCCCUCUGGCUACAGACCUCAGUUGGGUGCGGUGAGGGUGGGUAUAAAAGUGCCGGUAUAUAUUCAGAGGAGCAGAGGAGAAUCCAGGAGGGUGUGAAGAGAGAGAAGCGGAGGAUUUGGAUAUCUCACCUGCCCUGUGCAGUUUCUUGAAAGUACCAUCUCCUGACGUCCCCCACUGCAGACAUGUCUCUCCUCCUGCUGGUGGUCUCUGCGCUCCAUAUCCUCAUUCUCAUCUUGCUUUUCGUGGCCACUUUGGACAAGUCCUGGUGGACUCUCCCUGGGAAGGAGUCCCUGAAUCUGUGGUAUGACUGCACGUGGAACAAUGUCAACAAAACAUGGACUUGCAGUAACGUCAGUGAUAAUGGCUGGCUGAAGGCGGUGCAGGUCCUCAUGGUGCUGUCCCUCAUCCUCUGCUGUCUGUCCUUCAUCCUGUUCAUGUUCCAGCUCUACACCAUGCGUCGAGGAGGGCUCUUCUAUGCCACUGGCCUUUGCCAGCUUUGCACCAGCAUGGCGGUCUUUACUGGGGCGCUGAUCUACGCUAUUCACGCGAAGGAGAUCCUGGCUAAGAGCCCCCCGGGGGGCAGUUUCGGAUACUGCUUCGUACUGGCCUGGGUGGCCUUCCCCCUCGCCCUGGCCAGUGGCGUUAUCUACAUUCACCUACGGAAGCGGGAGUGAGUGCCGGGACUCACCUGGCCCCCCACCCCGGCCCGUGCCCAACCUACCCCGCACCCGGAAGCCUCAGGCGCCGCGCAUCCCCCAGAAAAUAAAACUGUUUAACCGCC